CUCCGCUCCAGCUUGGGAUCAAAUCACGACCAACACGUACCGGAUCUUGACCGACCGAACCAUUCAGUGCUCGCGCUCACUCACGCAUCAUAGCCAAGUUAAGCGGGAAGGAAGGAAGGAAGGAAGCCAUGUCUGCCGCGGAGGGAGCCGUCGUGUUCAGCGAGGAGAAGGAGGCGCUGGUGCUCAAGUCAUGGGCCAUCAUGAAGAAGGAUACCGCCAACCUUGGGCUCCGCUUCUUCCUCAAGAUCUUCGAGAUCGCGCCGUCGGCGAGGCAGAUGUUCCCGUUCCUGCGCGACUCCGACGUGCCGCUGGAGACCAACCCCAAGCUCAAGACCCACGCCGUGUCCGUCUUCGUCAUGACGUGCGAGGCUGCUGCGCAGCUGCGGAAAGCCGGGAAGAUCACCGUCAGGGAGACCACCCUGAAGAGGCUGGGCGGCACGCACUUGAAAUACGGCGUGGCAGAUGGCCACUUUGAGGUGACGCGGUUCGCUCUGCUCGAGACGAUCAAGGAGGCGCUUCCGGCGGACAUGUGGGGGCCGGAGAUGAGGAACGCGUGGGGCGAGGCCUACGACCAACUGGUCGCGGCCAUCAAGCAAGAGAUGAAGCCCUCUGAGUAGCUCAUCCAUUGUACUCAUAUCAUAUGCCACGCAACUUCCGUCCAUAUCCGUCCAACUUUCGUUGCUUGACCGGUUCACUCAUGUCACCAUAUUGUGUUUGUAUUGUGUGUUUACGUGUACUAACGCAUAUUGUAAAAUGGGCAUUCAAUAAAGGAACAAAUUGUGCAUGA